CUAAUGUUUUGGAUUAUCAUUUCCUUUUCCCUCUAUAGUUUUGUCACCUAGUUUUGGAAUCCUUAAACAGUAUAUUUUAGUUUUGAGUGUUUUUGAACUUUAGACAAAUUGUGAUAUGUGUAUUCUUCUGUCUUUUGUCUUGCUUCUUUUGCUAUACCUUGUUUUGUAAGAUUCAUCCAUGUUAGUGCAGGUCGUUUUUUGUCUUUGCCGAAUAGUGUUCCAUUGUAGAAUACAUCACAAUUUAUUAAUCCAUCUUAUUAUUGUUAAACAUUUAAGUUGUCUCCGGUUUUUGGCCACUGUGAACAACAUGGCGGUGAGUAUUCUUCUAAGUAUAUCCUGGUUCACCCGCCUCAAGUUUCCCUAGGUACAUACUCAGAGGAAUGGAAUAACUAGAUAAUUGCGUACCUUCAACUUUACUAGGUAAUAUGGAACAGUUUUCCAAAGUGGUUCCACCAAUGUGGUCCCCACUAAUCGUGUAGAAGAGUCACCAGUGCCCACAUGAUUCCUGAUGCUUGGUAUUGUCACCAUGUAAAAUUCUUGCCAGUCUGGUGGCUAUAUUGUGGCCUCCGGAACGCCCCCCGCUGCUGGGCAGUGAUCCAGCCCCUGCUGUGUGCUGUGUACAUGCCCAAAUGCGAGAAUGACCGGGUGGAGCUGCCCAGCCGCACCCUGUGCCAGGCUACCCGAGGCCCCUGUGCCAUUGUGGAGAGGGAGCGUGGCUGGCCUGACUUCCUGCGCUGUACCCCUGACCACUUCCCCGAGGGCUGCCCGAAUGAGGUGCAGAACAUCAAGUUCAACAGUUCGGGCCAGUGUGAGGCUCCCUUGGUUCGGACCGACAACCCCAAGAGCUGGUAUGAGGACGUGGAGGGAUGUGGGAUCCAGUGCCAGAACCCGCUGUUCACUGAGGCCGAGCACCAGGACAUGCACAGCUACAUCGCGGCCUUCGGCGCAGUCACAGGCCUCUGCACACUCUUCACCUUGGCCACAUUUGUGGCUGACUGGCGGAAUUCGAAUCGCUACCCUGCUGUUAUUCUCUUCUACGUCAAUGCGUGUUUCUUUGUGGGGAGCAUCGGCUGGUUGGCCCAGUUCAUGGACGGCGCCCGCCGGGAGAUCGUCUGCCGUGCAGAUGGAACCAUGAGGCUCGGGGAGCCCACCUCCAAUGAGACCCUGUCCUGCGUCAUCAUCUUUGUCAUCGUGUACUACGCCCUUAUGGCUGGUGUCGUCUGGUUUGUGGUCCUCACCUAUGCCUGGCACACCUCCUUCAAAGCCCUGGGCACCACCUAUCAGCCUCUGUCCGGCAAGACCUCCUACUUCCACCUGCUCACGUGGUCACUCCCGUUUGUCCUCACUGUGGCAAUCCUUGCCGUCGCCCAGGUGGAUGGGGACUCUGUGAGUGGCAUCUGUUUUGUGGGUUACAAGAACUACCGAUACCGUGCAGGCUUCGUGCUGGCCCCGAUCGGCCUGGUGCUCAUUGUGGGAGGCUACUUCCUCAUCCGAGGAGUCAUGACUCUGUUUUCCAUCAAGAGCAACCAUCCCGGGUUGCUGAGUGAGAAGGCUGCCAGCAAGAUCAACGAGACCAUGCUGCGCCUCGGCAUUUUUGGCUUCCUGGCCUUUGGCUUUGUGCUCAUCACCUUCAGCUGCCACUUCUACGACUUCUUCAACCAGGCUGAGUGGGAGCGCAGCUUCCGGGACUAUGUGCUGUGCCAGGCCAACGUGACCAUCGGGCUGCCCACCAAGAAGCCCAUUCCUGACUGUGAAAUCAAGAAUCGCCCCAGCCUCCUGGUGGAGAAGAUCAACUUGUUUGCCAUGUUUGGAACCGGCAUUGCCAUGAGCACCUGGGUCUGGACCAAGGCCACGCUGCUCAUCUGGAGGCGCACCUGGUGCAGGUUGACUGGGCAGAGUGAUGAUGAGCCCAAACGCAUCAAGAAGAGCAAGAUGAUCGCCAAGGCCUUCUCCAAGCGGCGUGAGCUGCUGCAGAACCCAGGCCAGGAACUCUCCUUCAGCAUGCACACUGUCUCCCACGACGGGCCUGUGGCGGGUUUGGCCUUUGACCUCAAUGAGCCCUCUGCUGAUGUGUCCUCUGCCUGGGCCCAGCAUGUCACCAAGAUGGUGGCUCGGAGAGGAGCCAUACUGCCCCAGGAUGUGUCUGUCACCCCUGUGGCAACUCCAGUGCCCCCAGAGGAAAAAGCCAACCUGUGGCUGGUUGAGGCAGAGAUCUCCCCAGAGCUGGAGAAGCGCCUGGGCCGGAAGAAGAAGCGGAGGAAGAGGAAGAAGGAGGUGUGCCCGCUGGUGCCACCUCCUGAGCUUCACCACCCUGCUCCUGCCCCUGCCCCUGCGGCCAGUGCUGUUCCUCGACUGCCUCAGCUGCCCCGGCAGAAGUGCCUGGUGGCCGCAGGUGCCUGGGGAGCUGGGGAAUCCUGCCGACAGAGAGCCUGGACCCUGGUCUCCAACCCCUUCUGCCCAGAACCCAGUCACCUGCAGGAUCCAUUUCUGCCCAGUGCCCCAGUUCCCACGGCGGCCUGGGCUCAGGGCUGCCGGCAGGGGCUGGGGCCCAUUCACUCCCGCACCAACCUGAUGGAGGCAGAGCUCAUGGAUGCAGAUUCAGACUUCUGAGCCCGGAGAGCGGGACCUGGGAUAGGAAAGAGCAGCAAAUACCAUUCUGAGGUUCUUCAUCCUCCCUGAGAGUGCUUCCCCAGGAUCUUGUCUUCCAGAGCACCUGAGGGUGCAGUGCCCUCCCAGGAGGGCUCUAUAUGUCUGGCUCAGGGCAGCAGGACUGUGGGAAAGGGCCCUGACAUCUCCACGGGCAGGCCUCAUCCAGGGAAGGACCCUGGAGCUCAGGGUCCUUGUUUCUGCCCCACCAGCUGGAGUCUGGCUGGCAGUAUCCAUGUGCAGCAGGGUCGUGAGAUCUGCAGAGCUUGGGGGCUGGGGGGGCUGGGGGGGCAGUGAUGGUGGAGGCAGGGGUGACAGUACCCAGAGUGGCCUGUGGUAGCCAAUGAGGCAGCCAGGCCCAUACCUGGCAGAUGAGGGCUGGCUGCCCUUCUCUGUGCCAGUGGAUGCCCUUUUCUGGCACUCUCGGACCAAAUGUGUUUAUUGUGUCAUUAGUCCUUUGUCUAGGUGGGGACGGGGCUCCCUUCUCCCUCUUCCAGGUGGUUGUGGAGCUGGAAGUGCCUAUUCCCGUAGGGGCUAUAACCUCUCUUCACAGGUGCCCGGUUGGCCCGACCCCAGGCCAGUAGCCCGUCCUGUGUGCUCCUGUACCCUCCUUCCCCUUUCCCAUUUCAGUGCAACCAGGCCAACCUUUUCCCUGUUCGUUGGUUAGGACCCAGAACUGCUGCAUGCUCCAUCCCUCCCCCAUCCCCCACCCUUUUGAUGCUGGCUGCAUCUCCAGGUGAGAGACUGGUUCAGCUAUAGAGCCUGGCGUGGUGUAGAAGCGUGUUAUCUCUUCCUCCCGUCCAUCCAGUGGGGGGUGGAUCCUCUGACUUGAGGGGCUAAACUGGGAGGCUGCUGGAGCUUCAGCCAGGCAGGAACGCUUCCUUCAACUUCUACAACUGCUGGGUGAGGAAAUUCCCACCUCUCAUAACCCCUAACUAUGUCUCCAAGGCCCCAAUUUCAAGAGCCAGACAGCAGGAAGCCUUAGGAGCUAGCUGGGUUCCAGAUCGGGGAUAGGGAUGGGGAGAAGAAAUACAAACAGUAAAUAAAAGGUUUUUGUAUAAA